UUCAGGGUUGGUGUUCAAGAGAAGAGGGUUGAGGAUCAUGUCUAACAGGGUGGAGAUCAGAAAGAAGGCUCGAGAUAUAGAGCUUUGGGAACUAAGGCAAAUGCUGCAGGAUCCGAGUAUUGAUAUUUUGAAUGAUGUUGAUGCCAAGUUCGAGAAAGACCCUGAUAGAAUAAUCACGGAACUUGAAUUAAAAGAUAAAAAACCUCAAAACGAUUUUAUGAAUAAGCUAUCUUUACCCAAAGGUUCUGAAGCUCCGAGGGAAUUACGAAGAAAAGAAUUUGUUUUAAGAAAUUCAACUUUAACAAAUCUUUGGAGAAGUCCUAAUGUACGCUCUUUAUACAACUUAAUUCUUGCUUUUUUUGUAUUCCUGUACCUGCACAUCGCUAUCUUCUAUUACUUUAAUGUUGAACGGUUAAAAAGAGAUUUAGCAUUGGUUUCAUGGUCAUUUGGUCAGUUUCACAUUGUUACUGCCGUAUGGAUUGGCAUCAACUUAUCGAUUGUUUUCUUUUUACAUCCUGUCUUUCGAUUCUGGGCUUCUUCUAGAGCAUUUGCGAAGAAGAAGGGCCUUUAUGAUUUGAUGUUUUGCACUUUAUUCGUUUUGUAUGAAGCGGCUUUGCUGAUAAUUCCCCCAAAAAUAAUCAUAGACUGCAAUAUACCACCCACAUCAUCUUGCGCGUUAGUAAUGGAACAGUUUAGACUUUUUAUGAAGAGUUAUGCAUUUGUUCGAGAAAACAUUAACAGAGUUUUAAAGUAUAAGCUCCAUCAAGGUAUUGUGAAAUCUCAAUUGAUUCGUAUUUUUCGUGAUUCAAUCCUGAUAAAGCCAUAA